AUGCUCGGCCAAGUAUCAACGCAGUAUCUUCUCGGUCAUCACGACAGCGUUUACUGCUUGCAGUUUGAUGAGCAUCGAAUCAUCACCGGUGGCAGGGACUGUACCAUCAAAUUCUGGGACAUGAACACGCAUGAAUGCAUCCGCACACUCAGGGCUCAUGAAGGCAGUGUUUUGUCGUUGCAGUACAAUGACUCGUUGAUGGUGACGGGUUCGUCCGACAAGACGGUGGUCGUCUGGAGUAUGAAGACGUUCGAGCCGAUCCGUCGUCUUACGGGCCAUGAAGGAGGUGUGCUGGAUGUUUCAUUCGACGAUCGAUUUAUCAUCUCAUGCUCCAAAGACAAAUCUAUCCGAAUAUGGAAUACAGCGACAGGUGAUCUUGUACGGACGAUUCAUGCGCAUCGCGGUCCAGUGAAUGCUGUCCAAUUAAGGGGGAACAACAUCGUAUCAGCCUCAGGGGAUUCGCUGAUCAAAAUGUGGGACGUACAGACAGGCGAGUGUGUCCGUGAGUUCGCUGGUCAUGGGCGCGGGCUGGCCUGCGUUCAAUUCGAUGGAAAGCGGAUUGUGAGCGGAUCAAAUGAUAAAACAAUCAAGGUUUGGGAUGCCGAGACGGGUGAAUGUCUCAUGAGUUGCGAAGGCCAUCAAGAUCUCGUGCGAACUGUACAUUUUGAUAAUGACAGAAUUGUCAGUGCAAGUUAUGACCAUAGUAUACGCGUCUGGGACAUAAAGACGGGUACAUGUCUUCUCAACUUUGAGAACGCACAUACGAGUUGGGUCUUUGACGUACGAUUUAAUAAGAAUAGAAUUGUCAGUGCAAGCCAGGAUCAUCGAUUGAUGGUUUUGGACUUUUCGACUGGCUUGGAUACCCGUUUAUUUCUAUAG